AUGACCGCCGGCGCUAACUUGGAGACAAAUCUCAAAAUUCAAGAGCAGAAAGACGCCUUGCUUACAGAAGAUGGAGGAAAAAAGAAAGUCGAACAAUUCGAAGAGGAGCCCGAAGGAGGAUUGAGGAAGACUCUGGGCCUAUGGAAUGGUGUCAGUAUUAUCAUCGGAUCUAUUAUCGGCUCCGGGAUCUUUGUUGCGCCGACUGGAGUUCAAUUAGGUAAGCUGAUAUAAUAUGUUUGAACAUUAAUCGUUUUAGAAGCCGGUUCGGUUGGUAUUUCGCUGAUAAUUUGGGUUGCCAGUGGAGUCUUCGCCAUGGCUGGAGCCUGGUCUUAUGCCGAGUUGGGAACCUUGAUUCACAAGUCAGGAGGAGAUUAUGCCUACAUCAUGGAGGCCUUUGGACCCUUUGCUGCUUUUAUGAGAUUCUGGAUUGAAGCUAUUGUGGUGAGACCGUGCUGUGUGACCAUUGUAGCUAUUACUUUCGCCACCUAUAUGCUGAUUCCUUUCUUCGGACAAGACGAUCUUCCCACGGGCAGUGUGGAAGGACUUUCGGUCUGUUUGAUUGGUAAGUGAAGUUAGGUAUUGUAAUGUUUUAUUUAGUAUUCUUGACGGGGAUUAAUUGCGCAUCAGUGAGGUUGUCCACGAUUAUCAUGGACACUUUCACCAUUGCCAAGGUCUUUGCUUUGGCCUUGAUCAUUGCUACUGGAGGAUAUUUGUUGAUCUUCGGAGAGGAAGUGAACAGGGCCGCCUUCCAUGAUAUCUGGAAAGACUCGAACUGGGAUGCCGGCAAGAUCUCUUUGGCUUUUUAUUCAGGUCUCUUUGCUUAUCAAGGGUGGAAUUACUUGAACUUUAUUGUUGAGGAACUUCAGAAUCCAAGAAGGUAAGGAUUUUAUACAUUUUGUGCUUUGAAUUUUAAGGAUCAGCUCUAAACCUUGAAUUAUUUGUUUCAGAAAUCUCCCUCUUGCCAUUGUGAUCUCUUGUGUGACAGUUACCGUUGUCUAUGCUCUCACAAAUGUUGCCCUUUAUACCGUAAUCUCUCCCAAGGAAAUGCUGUCCUCCAAAGCGAUCGCCCUCGACUUUGCCAAUCGGGUUUAUGGACCAAUGGCUUUCAUCAUGCCCAUUUUUGUGGCCUGUUCUACAUUGGGAUCAGCAAAUGGAGUUAUCUUUACUACUUCAAGGUGGGCAUCGUGAUUGGUUUGAUGAUGUUAUGUCGAUUAAUGUUAUGUUUUAUAUUUUUAUUAUCUAAAUUUUGCAGAUUGUUCUACGUUGGAGCCCGCGAAGGCCAGAUGCCUGUCCUGUUGACCUUGGUCCACCACAAAACGAGGACCCCUAUCCCCGCUGUGGUUAUCUGCGGAAUCCUAUCCAUCCUCUACUUGUUCCUCUCGAGCAAUGUGUUUGCUCUGAUCAAUUACAUCCAGAUCAGUUAUUGGCUGGCGAUUGCUGCGGCUACCGCCUCUCUCUUCUACUUCAGAUGGAAGAUUCCGAAUGAGCCCAGGCCGAUCAGAGUCAAUCUUCUGAUCCCAAUUGUCUUCUUCUUGGGCUGUCUCGGUUUGGUCGUGGUCCCCAUUAUUGGAAGUCCCAAGGAUACCGCCAUUGGCAUUGCUAUCAUGCUUACUGCUCUGCCAGUCUACUUCUUAUUCAUUGCGUUCAGACCCAAGGUCUUUAACACUAUGAGUGGUUAGUUAUAUUUUAUUUUUAUUAUACUUGGGGUUUGAUGUUCAAAUUAAAAAUAAUGCUUGAUGGUUUAGACAAAGUCACCAAAUUCUUCGAGAACGUACUUGGAGUGAAGCCAGAAGCCGAAGUUGAAGCUAUCGAAGGUCACGAUGAAGAGGCAGAAAGAGCCCUGACUGAAACCAAUGAAGUGGUUCAUGCUGCUGAUAAGGUCCUUCAUGAAGGCGAGCAUCAUCACACCGAGAAACCGGUCGAAGACUCCAAGGCAUAA